AUGCAGCAAAGUGCAGCUUUUAAGAUUCUAUGGACUCGAUUGAAAACUGUACCUUCCUACUCCUUCAACAGCGAGCAAUUCAAGCGAACAUCAUCUUGGAAUCCUAAUCUUAAUUACAUGCAGGGUGGAUCACAAAACUUUGAGGGGGGUGACAUGAAUGAGGAUUCACAUAAUGUGCAUAAUGGAAUAAACUUCACUUCUAGGCUGCAACAGUUUGAGCUCAUUCAGCAGCAGCAUCAAAACCAUUCAAAAUCAAAAUUGCAGUCGAGCUACAGUUCAACUUCAUCAACAGAGGAGGUACAAAGACCAGAAGAACCCAGGCAGCCUUUGCUUGUGCCAGAAAUGACCAGGCCAUCUUCAAGAUCAUUUCAAAGAGGUACUGGACAGUUGCAACUAUGA